GCUUCAUGACGGACUGGUCGCGCGAAGCAAAGCAAAGCAUGCUUACGAUUUACUCCCCUCGCAGUCGUCAUCGACGGUUGGGGCGUGCCCUCCGAGACCUCCCCCAAGGAUGGCGACGCCAUCACCAAUGCCAACACCCCAGUCAUGGACGAGUUCGCCACCAGCGAGACCGGCUACACGAAGCUCGAAGCCUCCUCCCUUGCCGUUGGCCUUCCUGAGGGCCUCAUGGGCAACUCGGAAGUUGGCCACUUGAACAUUGGUGCUGGCCGUGUCGUCUGGCAGGAUGUCGUCCGCAUUGAUCAGACCAUCAAGAAGGGCGAGUUCUCCAAGAACGAGGUCAUCUCGGCGGUCAUCAAGCGCGCCAAGGAGGGCAAGGGAAGACUGCACCUGUGCGGUCUUGUCUCCCACGGCGGUGUUCACUCCAAGCAGGAGCACCUCUAUGCCCUGCUUCGGGCCUCAAAGGAGGCUGGUGUCCCCAAGGUUUUCAUCCACUUCUUCGGCGAUGGCCGCGACACCGACCCCAAGUCCGGCGCCGCCUACAUGGAGGAGCUUCUCGAGAAGACGAAGGAAAUCGGCAUCGGUGAGAUUGCCACCGUCGUCGGUCGGUACUACGCCAUGGACCGUGAUAAGAGAUGGGAGAGAGUUGAGCUUGCCCUCAAGGGCAUUAUUCUCGGUGAAGGCGAGGAGAGCAGCGAUCCUGUCGCCACUAUCAAGGAGCGUUACGAGAAGGGCGAAAACGACGAGUUCCUGAAGCCCAUCGUUGUCGGUGGCCAGGAGGGCCGCAUCCAGGAGGGUGACGAGGUCUUCUUCUUCAACUACCGGUCCGAUCGCGCGCGCCAAAUCACGCAGCUGCUCGGUGGUGUCGACCGGUCGCCGAGACCCGACUUCCCCUACCCCAAGGAUAUCCGCCUCACCACCAUGACUCAAUACAAGCUCGACUACCCCUUCGACAUUGCUUUCAAGCCUCAGAAGAUGGAUAACGUGCUUGCCGAGUGGCUGGGAAAGCAGGAGGUCCGCCAAGUUCACAUCGCAGAGACCGAGAAGUAUGCCCACGUCACUUUCUUCUUCAACGGUGGUGUUGAGAAGGUCUUUGCUCUCGAGGAGCGCGAUGAGAGCCAGGAUCUCGUCCCUUCCAACAAGAGCGUUGCCACAUAUGACAAGGCUCCUGAGAUGAGCGCCGACGGUGUUGCCAAGCAGGUCGUCAAGCGCCUCGGCGAGCAGCAGUUCCCCUUUGUCAUGAACAACUUUGCUCCUCCGGACAUGGUUGGCCACACGGGUGUGUACGAGGCUGCCCUUGUCGGUGUCGAGGCCACAGACAAGGCCAUUGGCCUGAUCAAGGACGCUUGCAAGAAGGAGGGCUACAUCCUCUUCAUCACCGCCGACCACGGCAAUGCUGAGGAGAUGAAGUUUGAAGACGGCAAGCCCAAGACUUCGCACACUACCAACAAGGUGCCCUUCAUCAUGUACAACCAGCCGGAAGGUUGGUCUCUGAAGCAGGGCGACGAAGGCGUCCUUGGUGACGUGGCUCCCACAAUCCUCGAUGCCAUGGGUCUGCCCAUUCCUGAGGACAUGACCGGAGCCUCUCUGCUGGUGAAGGACUCCGCCAAGAGACGCAAGAUCGAGGAAUAGAUUACGGUUUCCUGAGGGGGGCAGAAGCAACAGAAAGAGGCGAUAGACUUACAACUUCAU